CCGUACAAUACGGUGUCGGUAUUUGCCAGCGUUAUCACGAACUAGCGUGUGGGUCGUGGAAUCAUCAACAAAUAUCUAACGUUAAGUGUUUUAAAAGUUGUAUAGUACAAAUUCAAGCAUGGCAGAUCCAGGAGCAUUUCCAGACAGCCAUACUACCUCGACGUACACAACUACAACAACUCAGCAAGCAGCACCAGCAAGCUACCAGUUUACUGUCGACACAGGUUAUGUCAAAUCCGUACCUGGUAUCUUGAAGAUUGUAGAGAUUAUUGUUGGAUUUCUCUACUGGACAGUUGUGGCCAGUUAUUCUUUCUACUUCGGUGGCUAUAGCUGGAUAAUCUUUGUUGCAGUGACUGCCUGGGUCUUCACACUCAUACUAUUUCUCUUAUUCCUCUUUCAACUUGCCCAACGUGUGACCAUUAUCAACUGGGUGCUCACGGAGCUGAUCAACAAUGCUGCAGAUUGCUUGCUACAUUUUAUUGCUGCUAUAAUUAUCAGUGUACGUGCUGGUCAGCUGAGUAUAUUACCUGAACAUGGGAAGCUAGUAUGGGGCUGUCUUUGUGGAUGGACCCUUGUCGUCCUCUAUGGCCUCAGUACAUUCUUCAACUUCCGUGACUUCCAAGCCAUGGGUGGAACAAGCAGCCUGCGUUUCCCUGGCCAGCAGACUACCAUGGCCACUACCACUACCACCACAACCACUGUGGUUCAACAACAAAGCACUGGACCUGCAGACGAGAAGGUCCAGGACCCUCCCCCGUACCCCGGGGGCCCAUUCUAGAUGUACAACCGUCACAUCAUCUGUGGAGAAGCAGAAGUGGUCAUUUGGGGAGGGGAGGGGGGGUGAUAAGGUGAAUUUAAUUUAGUCAUAUUGCCAUUGUGAAGGCUCACCAAUGCAGCUGUUCAUUGCAUAGUAAUGCAGAAUUCAGCGGUACUGUGUUAACCCAUUUCCUACUGGAACUGGGUGAUCCCUGCACAAAACCUAUGGGAAGCAAAGAAUUUGGUAGUCAACUAGUUGAAGGUCAGGGAAAUGUUGUAUGUAUGUGAUAUAUUCAAGUGAAAAGACAUUGUAAUGCUAAAUCAUGCACAAAAGUAAUUAAAAAAAUCAAAUUUGUUGAAGUUCAAUCAAAGAUUGAUAUUGGAUAAUCAUCAAGAAUUGUUUUGGUUUGGGUUUUUAGAGGAUGGUUUAGACCACUUUGCCACAGUUUAUGUUUACUACAGUCAACAUAUGGUCGAUUGGGCUACGAUUUUUCUUUCAAUUCAGGGGGCCUUGUAGGUUGAUAUGGGCUACGAUUUUUAUGCUUUUAUUAUACAUGGUAAUCAGGCGAUCUGCAGUCCACUAAGGAAAGCAACUGAUUUUUUAUUCAAAAUUGAUUCUUUUUUUUUGUGGGGGGGGGUGUGUUCUGUUUGCUCUUCAUGAUGCUAAAGGAAUUGAAGUCUCUAUUUAUAUAGACAUUUUAAAAGCAAGUAACUAUAUAUUUCCACAUUAAACAGUGCCACAUUUUUUCUCAUAUACUAAAAAAACUCAAUUCCUCAGAGUUGGUUCCUUUUGUAAGUGGAUGGCAAAAAUGUGUUUGGCGUUGUGAAUGGCACGAAGAUAAAAAUGUUUUGAGGGUGUACAAAAGAUCCUACAAUAUGGUUUUGGUGUUAAUGAAGGUGUUGGUGUUAGUGAAGAGGCCAUUGAUCAAGGUGCUGUAAAACAGGCACCAAAUUUGAUCCUGGGUUAAAAUGCUUUUGAUGUCAUGUUGUUGAUAGUUAGCACUGAAUGGUGUCAGUGACCAGUUUCAUUUCAGUUUUUAAGGUGUUAUCCUGACACCAGUACUUAUCUGCAACACCAAACUUGAAAUCCCUCACUGUGUCAUUUAUCUUUGCUAUUAUUACCUGUAUUUCAGGGUUUUCGGACUUUCUGGUGUCAGGUGACAUGUUGGAAAUGUGUAUAUAUAUAUUUUCCUGUAGAUUCCUUGAAAUACUGUAGAAUGAUAUAUAUUGAUUCUCAUCAAAUCAAGUUCUAUCAAGUUUAUAUUUAUAAAGCAUGAUGAUAUCAUGUUCAGGGGGGCGUUUCAUGAAAGAACUUGUCUGACGUUUUAUCCGUCAGUUACCAUAAGAACAGUGCCUCUCAGCCAUU